UGAAAUGCCUGAAAAUAAUCAAGGUAAUGUUUGCCAUCAUUCUAAAUGUGAUCCUUUGGGUCCCACAGGUCCAUGGGGUGUGGGCCUGUGUGCGCUCCUGCCCUCCCAGCUGUGUGUGCACGCCGGAGAGGAGCUGCUCCGUGCUCUGUGACCGUGCUGGGCUGGGGCAGAUCCCCAGCGAGUUCCCCUGCGAAGCCUCUUCCAUCAACCUGGAUAAAAACAGCAUCAAGUUCCUGUCCGAGAGGGCCUUUGGGACACUGCCUUCCCUCAAGUCCCUGUCUCUCAACCACAACAACAUCUCCUUCAUCACUCCAGGGGCGUUCAAGGGGCUGCCCAGCCUGACGGAGCUGAAGAUGGCCCACAACGAGUACAUUCGCUAUCUCCACACUCGGACCUUCACCGCGCUCCGGCGCCUCGUGAGGCUGGACCUGGCUGACUGCAACCUCUUCAACAUCCCAGACAGGAUCUUCAUCGAGCUGCCUGCUCUGCAGGAGCUGUUCUGCUUCCAGAACAACUUCCGAAGGAUCCCAGGUGCCAUCAGGGGCAUGGAGAACUUGACCCAUGUGUACCUGGAGAGAAAUAGGAUCGAAGCGGUGGCCUAUAACUCCCUGCAGGGCCUGACUAAGCUGAAAUACCUGAAUCUGCAGGACAACAAGAUAAAUGUCAUCCAUGAGCGAGCUUUUCAGGGCUGUCAGAGGAUGGAGUACCUGUACCUGAAUGACAACUUGAUCAGUGAGCUUCCAGAAAACUCCUUUGAUGGCCUGAGGCGCCUGAAGAUGCUCAACCUGGGGGGGAAUUUUCUCAGGAACAUUUCCAACACCUGGUUCCGGGACUUGGGGGAGCUGGAGUUCCUCUACCUGGACCGCAACAGGAUCAGCUACAUCGAGGAAGGGGCUUUUGAGAACCUCACCAGCCUGGUGGCGCUGCACUUGAACAGCAACAACUUGACCACGCUGCCCUUCUCGGUGUUCGAGCCCGUGUACUUCCUGGGGCGCCUGUACCUCUUCCGCAACCCCUGGGAGUGCGACUGCCGCAUCGAGUGGCUCAAGGAGUGGAUGGAGAACUACAGGCUCGUCAGGGAUAUUCCGUGUGCCUCCCCCUCCUCCGUGGCUGGCACUGAUCUGACGGAUGUGCUCUUCGAGAGGUCUCCCGAGGGUUACUGCCUCGACCCGGUGGAGCUGAACAUCACGUCCGAGGGGCCGGCCCCGAGCGAGGAGCCUUGGUCCACCACAGAGAGCAAGUUCAACAGCCUUAUCUCCAAACUCUUGCUCCAGAUGGGCCUUCCCGAAGAGGUGGCAAAUGCCACUGAGGUGUACAGUAACACCACGCAGCCGGACGGACAGACUGAAGGGGUCUCUUCUGGCAUGGGGGAAGAAAGAACCAAGGCUGACUCCUCCUCCUUGUACCUCCCAGCACUUUUUACAGUGAUUGUUCUGCUGUGCAUAUAGUCCAAGGGCUGGAUGGAGCAGGGGUUCUGCUUAAGCAUUUAGACCCUGCACCUACUUAGUCAUGAGAGAAAAGUUUUACUGCGAGCCUCCGAUACAUAAUGGGCUCCAAACUCUUCCAGGCUGGGUUUGUUGGAUCUGGCUCCAGAUUCCCCUGGGAGCUGGUGAAAUCUGGGUCCCACUCUGGGUGACAAACCUGCCCUGUGGGUGCCCCAGAGCCUCCUGGAUACUCAGAGGGAAAUGAGCAGCACUAAUACUGAAUUUUGCCUAGAGAUGUGUGAUGUUCGCUGCUGGGAAUGGAGGGAAGAGGGCGUUUCUCUGUGGGGUGUUUGUUCCACCAGGCCAACUCGUGAGAGCGAGAUGUUCCAUGGUGACUCAGCUUCGUGAGAGCGAGAUGAGGCCGCAAAACCGGACCCCUCUUCAUGUCCUGACAGACACCCACACCCACACCCACGGCAGAUGCUGCUGAACAAUGGGAAACCAUUCCUGAUUUCCCCCCUCGGGUGCAGGAGGGAGCAGGGCAGUCCUGGUGACAUCCAGGGAUGCAGCACUGGGCCUCAUGGGAAGGAGGAAAGUGCCUGGAGAGGCACCUGCCCCAGGCAGGUCUGGGAUGGGCACAGUAUUCUGGCAGUGACCCCCGGCAGGAUUUUGAUCCUUUCUCCCCCCCCGUUAUCCUGGCACCGGUGCGGGAGAACCAGAUGGACCCGUGUUUGUCCAAACAGUCCCCUCUGAGGCAAAGCUACU